UGCAAUCCACAAACAAAAUUUAGAUACAUUUGAAAAGCUGUUUGUAAAUCAUUUAUCACGAAAAAUUUUAUUUAUUAAAAUUUAUUUACGUCACAAACGUAAGUCCCUCUAUUUGCAACAUAAAUAAACUUUUCUAUUUGGGAGUUUUAAAUCCCUAAAAUUAAAUCCCUUUUCUUCUAUCUCAAUUUCAUUCUCCCUCCCGGUAUCUCUCUCUCUCUCUGCAACCUCUCACAUCUAUUCGAAAGUAUCCACUGGCUAUUGUUGAUGACGUUGAACUAGUCACCACCGCAGAUCUGCCUCUACUCGUGAAUCGCGUCACAGUAGUGCAGGAAAAUGAGGACAAGUUGCAGCGACUGCUAUUGAGAGAUUUCUCAGUGUCGCUGUAUCGCCCACCAAACGUUUGAUAUUUUACCCAUCUGAGAACCGCUUACGCUUCACUUCAUUUGGUAUUACAAAUUCUGCUUAUCCAAAAUGACAUUGCUACUAUUUAAGAAACCCACCAGUCUCACAUCGCUAGUGAAUUCCCAUUUCAUCUUAAUGGUGUCUAGUCUUUGCACAAAGGCUUCCGCUAUUGUUGAUAAGACAGUUGCCACACCUACGACAGCAUCAGUUGAUAACAGACGAAAACCUUCAGCAAAUUACUCUAGUAAUAUUCAUCUUUCCCCAUUAUUCAGCCAUGGAAGAUCGUGUUUGGAACGUUAUGAUAUUGAGCUUGUGGAUGAUGAUGCGUGGCAAAUUUCAUCAGGUUUAGCUCAUGCCUACAAAGGGCUAGAUGGGGAAAUGGAAGCAGAGUCUCAGUCUGCUACUGAAGUAUCUAAUGAGCAGGAUCAUUAUGCAGAAUCUUUGAAGGGUGACUCUGAUUUUGAUGAGAUUGACAAUAUGAGAAUUCGAGGCAAUCUUUUUUAUAAGCUUGACCGGGACUCCAAGGAGUUCGAAGAGUACAAUUUUGAAUUUCACAGGAAGAAGUCCUCAAAGAGAAACGAUGGUCUUAAGGGAAAGGAAAAGAAGGAAUCUUCAAAGAAGUAUGAUAUCAAUAAAGAAAUCAAAAAGAAGGAACACCCAAGUUGUGGUUCAGCUUUUGAAGUAAAAAACCUUCCACAGAUAGUGAAGAACGAAAGAGUCUAUUCUGUGCUUAUUGAUAAUAUGGAUGGCUCUGGCAGUGUUGGGAAAAAUAAGGUCAGAACUCCAACUUUCAAUCAGCUCACUGCUCCUUACCAUGAACCAUUUUGUUUGGACAUUUUCAUAUCAAAAGCCUCUGUCCGUGCCUGCAUUAUUCACCGGGUUACAAGCAAGGUGGUGGCUGUGGCACAUUCUAUAUCUAAAGAUAUAAAAUUUGAUCUGCCCUCAACAAGGAAUGCAGCCGCUUGUGAUGCUGUAGGAACAAUUCUAGCACAAAGGGCUUUGGCAGAUGACAUUCACAAUGUGUUUUACACACCAAGAAAAGGUGAGAAAUUGGAGGGCAAGCUUCAGAUUGUGCUUCAGUCUAUCAUAGAUAAUGGCAUUAAUGUGAAGGUGAAGCUUAAGCAAAGGAAGCCUCAGAAGGCUAGACUCCCACCUGGUGCUUAGGCAUUAUUGCCUAAUUGGCCGUAUGGACUAUCGUGCCUCCUUAUUUACCUGGCUGUGUAUACAGCCGCCUCAUUCAUCUACUAGCCUUGCACUAUGGCCAUGGUAAUUUGUUGCAAGAACAGCAUCUUUGAUGCUAAAAAAUGGAAUUAUUUCAGUUUCAGAGACAAUCCUACUUCAAAAGCACGACGUUUUAGGAAUUGCACGAGUCUUUCUAAUCAUUUCAAUUCAAACCAUGGAGAUUUUCUUUUACCAGCCAGUUAAUUUGAGUGAUGUGUUGUGUUGCAAUGGAAUUAGACUGUCUGUUCAGCUGGGAAAUCACAUCAUCAUGAAAAAAUUGCAAGCUUUCAGAAUAUUUCCGUUUCCAGUUCACAUUGCUUGUGAUAACAGAAACUGAGCCAGUCGACUAUAGAAUGCUUUGUUACUCGUGAAGUAGAAAGAAUGAUCAUGCAAAAUGUCUUGUGUAAUUACAGUAUGUAAUUGUGACGCAAAAAUGCUUAAAUAAGUAUUAAGAUCUUUUUGCCAUUUAUAUUUA